AUGAAGGGCACAUUUGCAUUCCUCGUUCUUCAUCUCAUUGCCUUGGUGGCUGCAUACAAGGCCACCACCACAAGGUACUAUGAUGGCCAGGAGGGUGCCUGCGGCUGCGGUUCCAGCUCUGGUCUUUUCUCCUGGCAGCUCGGAAUCUCCAACGGCGUCUACACAGCGGCCGGCUCCCAGGCAUUCUUCGAUACCGCCGGCGCUUCCUGGUGUGGUGCUGGCUGCGGUAAAUGCUACAAACUGACUUCCACGGGCGAGCCCCCGUGCACCAAUUGCGGAACCGGUGGAGCUGCUGGCCAGAGCAUCAUUGUGAUGGUGACCAAUCUGUGCCCCUACAAUGGCAAUCAACAAUGGUGCCCCAAUGUUGGUUCAACAAAUCAAUAUGGGUACAGCUACCAUUUCGAUAUCAUGGCCCAGAAUGAGAUUUUCGGUGACAACGUUGUGGUUGAUUUCGAGCCCAUUGAUUGCCCGGGUCAAGCGACCACAGACUGGGAGACUUGUGUCUGUUACGGAAAGACUGAAACUGACACUACCCCAGUAGGGUUGACUUCUGGCGGUUCUGGCGGUUCUGGCUCUUCUUCGUCUUCGUCGUCUUCGACCACGUCGCAGAGCAGCUCCACCACUUCGGCAACAGUGACAACUACAAGUGUUGCGUCUGGUGCGACCCAGACAAUUUACGGACAAUGUGGUGGCAGUGGAUGGACUGGCCCAACAGCUUGUGCUUCUGGAUCAACAUGUAAGCAGCAGAACCAGUGGUAUUCUCAGUGCCUUUGA